AUGCCAAUUCGCCAAACUGCCCGCACUCUGACCAUGUUUCCCUCCCCAGCCGGUAACCUCGACUUAGACGCUUUGAGCGGAAUCUGUGGCUCAAUAUCAAUUGCCUGCUGGGUCGUCGUUUUCUCUCCCCAGAUCAUCGAAAACUUUCGUCGAGGUUCUGCAGAUGGCCUCUCACUCCUCUUUCUCGUCGUCUGGCUGGCUGGCGAUGUAUUCAACAUCCUAGGGGCCGUGAUGCAAGGGGUUUUGCCCACCAUGGUCAUACUUGCUGUUUACUAUACGCUUGCGGAUAUCUUGCUGCUAGGGCAGUGUUUCUAUUACCGAGGCUUCAGCCUUCGAGACAAGCUGUCUAGCUCUGACUCCGAUGCGCAGGAGAGACUUACAAGUGACACCGAGGCUCCCUCAGAACGGACCACUCUGCUGCCCUCAAAAUUGAAUGGCUCAUUGGAUCAGCCGCGUGCCGUCCAAGACCAGCAUAGCAGUGGCUACGCACAGGCUACUUCAUCGUCUUCCACCCAUCAUCCCGUAUCCCAACUGGACCACAGGAGACACUCGGCAACAUCUUCUACCUUCCAUGAUAUACUCCAUCCCUCAGUCGAUGGAACUCAUCUAUCUCCGGCAACCCCAUUUGUCGAUCCUUCGCCUAAGGAAACAAAACCUGUUCGCAGCAUCUCCACCCUCCAGGCCCUUGUUUUCAACGUGACUGUAAUUCUUUUAGUUUGUGCCGCUGGCAUAGUGGGCUGGUAUGUCAGCCCGGGCUCGUCAAAAAAUAAUGGAGGAAAACAAGUACCAUCCGAUAGUACCGAUUCCCUUUCGUUUGACCCCUUGGGGCAAGUCUUUGGAUAUCUGUGCGCCGUGCUGUAUCUCGGCUCGCGUCUGCCCCAGAUCCUCUUAAAUUACAGGCGCAAAUCCACCGAAGGCGUGUCCUUGCUAUUUUUCCUAUUCGCCUGUAUCGGUAACUUGACUUACGUCCUCUCCAUUUUCGCCUACUCCCCCGUCUGCCGCGGAAAUUCGCCGGAGGAGCCCGGCCGUUGCCGUUCUGGGGAAGCCUUCGGCUUAUAUGGCCGAUAUAUCCUUGUGAACUUGUCGUGGCUGAUUGGAAGUCUGGGGACUCUCUUCCUGGAUAUGUGUAUUUUUGUCCAGUUUUUCCUAUAUCAGGGGAUUUCAGCAAUGGAAUAUGUUUAUGCCAUUGUGCAUCAAAAAGAAGUGAAACAGAAGAAAUGA